ACCAAUAACCACCUUGUAGCGUAUAUAUAAAGACUGUUCCAUCCGACUCACAAUCAAACCAAUCUUCUCCAAGAUCUUGCGCUGUGAACAACUGUUAACUUUGCGACAAUAUGAAGCUUUUGAUGAUAUUGGCUGCCUUUUUGAUGAUGUGGGCAAGUGUUUGCUUGGCUAAUCCGGCGGAAUCUAAGGUGGCGGUGGCCGCAGAUGGUGAGGUCCACGACAUGGUUGGAGAUGAACACUUUUUGAAGAAGUAUUACAAACACCGCGCAUAUUAUCCAGCACCCAUCUACCGUCCUGUUUACCAUCCAGUUCCGGUUUACCACCCAAUUCCUGUUUACCACAAAAAAUACCACAAGGGUUAAAUCGGUUUUUGUAAACAAGAAUUCAAGGAAAAUCACCACUGUACCAAAAACAAAACAAAAAAAAAAAAAACAAAACAAAAAAAUCAUGCCAAGCUUUCUUUUUCUCACACAUCAUUGCAAUUAAUCAUUUUUUUUUGUCUGAAACCGCAUGAGGUUACCUUACAGAAAUUCCAAUUGAUGUUUCCUGCUCAAAUAAAAACAAACAAUUGA